CUCAGUGAGUAGAGGGGAAUAGAAAGGUGAUGACAGAUUGUAUAGUGUGGUGAACUUUAGAAGAACAGUACCAGAGAAUAACACACUAAAGUGGCAAAGAGUGGAGAGGGGCAAGAGUAACGGCACAUAUACUAGUAGCACCAGCAGAACCAGUAACACCAGAAACAGCGGUAGUUUGAAGCAACAAUAAACUCAACAGCGUCACCACUACCAAUUUCAACGGCAUUACAAUCACCAACAGCAACGUAAUGACGAGUAGGAGCAGCAGCAGCCGAACCAUCAGCUACAGCACAGCAGCAGCAGCAGCAGCAGCAGCAACAGCGGCAGCACCACUAGCAACAGGUGUUUAGAGGUGGUUCGCAGGAUGUCAGUCAAUGGGCCACAGUUAACAGGCUUAGUGUCAGAGGUGGUGCCACCUCUGACAUAUGCAGCACACAAAGGCCAAGCUGGUCGAAUUGGCAUCAUGGGUGGAUCCUUAGAAUAUACAGGCGCACCUUACUUUUGUGCUAUGACUGCUCUACGCAUUGGUGCAGAUUUAACUCACAUCUUUUGUCAUCGUGAUGCAGCUGUACCCUUAAAGUCAUAUUCCCCUGAGCUGAUUGUUCAUCCCUUGCUAGAUGCUAAUGAUCCAAUGUCUGAAUUGGAUGAAUGGUUACCCCGUCUUCAUGCCUUAGUAUUGGGUCCUGGCCUUGGAAGACGACCACAGACAUUUGCUACUUUGGGCCAUGUAAUUGAAGCGGCCAAGGAUCGUCAGUUGUUGCUUAUCAUUGAUGCCGAUGCCCUUUUCUACUUGAAUGAAAAUUAUGACACUUUGCAGGGAUAUAGCAAUGCUAUUCUAACCCCAAAUAAAGUGGAAUUUGCACGUCUGUACCGAGCAGUUAUGAAGGGAGAAAUGAAGGCUGAGCAGGUGACAUCUGAUCAUGUUCAGCAAGUGGCUAAGAAGUUAGGUGUUACUAUUGUAUGUAAGGGUAAUACAGAUAUAAUUGCUUCAGGAGAUACUGUCAUUACUUGUGAGAUACCUGGUUCACCAAGACGUUGUGGUGGUCAAGGUGAUGUACUCAGUGGUGCUGCUGCGAUCUUCCUGUACUGGGCAUUUGGCACAGCAGCUGCCUCAACAGAAAAGCCACCUUAUCCACCCACAGUAGUGGCUGCUUGGGGUGCAUGUGCUUUAACUCGUCGAGCUUCAGGUCUGGCGUUCACACAGCGUGGUCGAGGAACACUAACAACAGACAUGCUUCAGUUUAUCAGUCAAGCCUUCACAUCUCUUUUUGUGAGCAAGACAAAGUGAAGCACAUUUCCAUCCUUAAUUCAUUCCCUUCCAUAUACUUUCCAUAUAUAUGGCCCACAUUUCCAAAUUUUCAUAUAUAGUCAUUGUAAUGUUUCAGGGAUACAAAUUACAAGCUCUUUACUACUCAGCUAUGAGUGUGUC